AAAAACAAGCGGAGCGAGCUCGGUCACAUGUAGAGCGAGCAGCGGCAGCAGAGCAGGAGGAAGGAGAAGGAAGCCGCACUUGGUCUGAACACUGUCGGAGUGUAGGAAGCAGUGAAACCCGCUCCAGGUUCUCCGGUUCCAGUCGCCGAUCGGUGCCCUCCACAUAUGGUUCUCCUCCGGCACAUCUCCAUCGCCCUGACCGCCGCCGUGGCUGCCCUGGGCUCCGCUCUCUUCAUCGCCUUGAACUUCUUCUACAAGAGGCGAAUAUGGUCACCACAGGCAGAGUACUGCACGAUCAAAGAGGAGGAAGAAGAGCGUGGGAAGCGUCAGGUCCUGGUCCUAGGUCUAGACGGGGCCGGGAAGAGCAGCAUGUUGCAGGGUUUGACUCCCGGGGAGUCAGCGGCUAAGAGAGGCCGCUGCCGGCCCACCCGUGGCUUCAACUUCAUGAGCCUCAACGCCCCCGCCUGUCAGUUCGACUUCCUGGAGAUCGGUGGAGCGGAGGACCUGCGGCGCUACUGGUCCGACUACCUGAGAAGGACUCACGUUCUGGUGUAUGUGGUGGACUCCUCGGACAGGAGCCGCUUACCAUUGGCUAAGGCUGAACUGCACCGCCUGCUGAGGGUGGAGCCCCAGCUUCCCGUGGUCGUCCUAGGAAACAAGCAGGAUAAGCCCAAUGCUGUGAGCGUGUCGGAGCUGCAUAAAGCCUUGUCUCUGGACUCCGUGACCGAGGACAGGAAGCUGUUCCUCUUGGCUGCCCAGCUGGGCUCUGACGGAGCCCUGAGGAACUCCUGCCGGGGUCUCGACACCUUCCAGGACCUCCUGCUCCAGCUCGUCUGAUCUCACCUCCCCCCCGCAGUGUAGAAGAGUAGGAGAUGGAGGGAUGAAAAAACAAAGGGAUGGCUUAAAGCAAUCUUCCUCCUCCUCUUCCUCUU